AUAUUAACCUCUCGCGAAUUGAUGUUUGUAAAGAGAAGUUCAGUAGUUCAGUAGUUCAGUCCCUGUUUAGAACAUUCAUCAAAUCUCUCUCUUUCUAUCUCUCUCCCUACUCUCUAUAUUACAACUCAGUUAACAAGAUAUAGUCAUCUCAAGAGUGGUAGGCUGCUUAAACUGGACAAUGUAUAGAGUUAUUGGUGGAAAAAGCAAUUUGGGUGUUUGUCCAUUACAAGGUGUAAGGAGGUUCUUUUGCAAUGUCACCGCCUCAGAAGUUUCGGCCUCAAGUAGCCAUAUAAAUAGCAAUGAAAAUAAGGGAGGAAACCAAUCAGCUAACGGAAUUCAGCAAUAUGACAUUGCUAUUGUCGGAGGUGGCUUGGUCGGCAUGGCUCUGGCAUGUUCCUUGGCGAGCUCUGCGAUAACCAGAAAGUUAAGUGUUGCAAUCAUUGAUGACAAUCCUGCAUUAAACUCUGGAGGUGGGAUUAAUAAAGACGAGCCUCCUGAUCCUAGAGUUAGCACGGUAACACCAGCUGCUAUCUCCUUUCUUGAAAAUAUAGGUGCUUGGAAGUAUGUUGAACAGCAACGUCAUGCUUAUUUUGAUAAGAUGCAGGUAUGGGAUUAUACUGGUCUAGGGUUUACCAGGUACAAUGCUAGAGACGUUAACAAGGAGGUACUUGGGUGUGUUGUUGAGAAUAAGGUGCUUCAUAGCUCCUUAUUAAUGUGUAUACAGGAGAAGGACUUCCAGAAAACAGUACUUCCUUCUAGAUUGGCUUCAAUGGCUUUACAGUCAAGUAUAUCAUCUACCAAGAUGGACAGUCAAUUAGCAAAGUUGGAGCUGGCAGAUGGCAGCAAUGUAGUUGCAAAAUUGGUGGUUGGAGCUGAUGGAGGUAGGUCACGUGUUAGGGAAUUGGCAGGCUUCAGAUCCACUGGCCGGAAGUAUCCACAAAAUGCAGUUAUCUGCACAGUUGAACAUCCAAUGCCUAACCAUUGUGCGUGGCAAAGGUUUCUUCCUGCAGGACCAAUUGCACUUCUGCCGAUAGGGAACAAUUAUAGUAAUAUUGUUUGGACAAUGAGCCCAAAAGAGUCGUCAGAUUGCAAAGCCAUUACCGAAGAUGAUUUUGUGAACGCUGUAAAUCGUGCAAUGGAUUAUGGAUAUGGUCCUCAUCCACAGUCUAACUCAAGUAUUGAUAAGAUUUUCUCUAGCUUCUCGUCAGAUUUGGUCUCAUCCAAUGAGUCUUUUGAAGUUCCACCAAAGGUUGUCAGGUUGGCAUCGCAAAGAAUGGUGUUCCCACUGUCUUUAGUUCAGACUAGUACCUACGCUAAAAGACGUGUCGUUCUCAUCGGGGAUGCUGCCCACACUGUUCAUCCUCUAGCGGGUCAAGGAGUUAACCUCGGUUUUGGAGAUGCGUCUGUUCUUUCGAAAGUUAUCUCUGAGGGUACUGCCGUUGGUAUUGACAUAGGACAGCUCUCUCUAUUACAAAGGUAUGAAGCAGAGCGGAAGGCAGCAAAUUUCAUGAUGGCUACUAUCCUUGAUGGUGUGCAGAAGGCAUACUCAUAUGACUUGGGACCGUUAAACGCAGUAAGAGCUGCUGCAUUCCAUGGAGCACAGUACAUUUCACCUUUGAAGAAGAAUAUCAUCUUAUAUGCAUCUGGUGAAAAGAAGCUGCCAUUUUUCUCCUGGAGUUAAAGUACUUUGGCGAUAGCUCUGUAGGAUUCUCUAGUCACCGUCGUGUUGGUUGCCGGGAUUUCACCACUGGAUAUUGCGCUGUGGGAUUUCACUAAAAUGCAAACUCUGGUUUAGCCUCUUAAGCAGCAAAAGGAUAAGAGAAACUACUAAAGUAGUUUGUAUUCUUGUUGUCUGUGAAUCUUGGAUAAAACAUUGAAUUUGUGUGACCCACCUUGUGACUAUGCAAUCAGUUGGAUCCUGUUUUAAAUGAGUUAACUGCUUGUAAAUAUUGUUAUUCCUUGAAAGGGUGCAGUGUAGUACGUUAAGCUGAAGUCAGUUUGGUUGUUUAUCUUUCUUUUAUUUCUUUUAUCUAUUGCUGUCA